AUGUCGCCGGGUCUCCCCGAAAUGAGGAGAGGAGACCAUGGAUCUGGGGAAGGGUCUUACCCGGAGAAAGCCAGCCUCCCGCUGCUGGAGGGGACAGCAAGAAAAGCAUUGCCCUGGCCGAUGGGCCCAGCCGCCAAGAGACCUGCUCCCGGGAAAAAGGCGAGAAAGGUGUCCCUGUCACUUGACGUCCCCACCCAGGUACUGAAAAUCCUGCUCGACCUGGCCAGAGAGAAGGAGCUGCAGGCCAAGGCGGCCGCCAACGCCGAGCUGAUGGGCCGUCCUGGGGCGCGGGAACAUGGGACACGGCUUCUCAGCCAGGGCUGGAGAGGGCAGCAGGGAUGCCAGGGGACAUGGGAGGAGGGGAGCACGGGCUGGCAUCGGUAUGCCCGUGGAGACUGCAGAUACAGCACGUUGUUCCCCUAG